CAACGCGAUAUAAAGAGAGAGAGAGCUAGAGAGAGAGAGAGGGUCCGAGACGGUUUUCCUCUAGCAUUAAAGAUCGAAGAAACAGAGCCCAAAAUAUCUUCCGAUCCAGUAUCGAGAUGAAGAUGGCCUGCGUUGUUUCUAGAUUUAUGGCAGAUUUCUGCCUCCUCUUGUUCCUCCUUGCUCUGACGCCUCUUUCCGAGGCCCUUCGCUUCGACGUGCAAUCGGGUCAAACCAAGUGCAUCUCCGAAGACAUCAAAUUGAACUCAAUGGCCGUCGGCAAGUACUCAGUCAUCAAUCCAUCCGAGAAUCAGCCCCUCCCGGAUUCCCACAAGCUCACCGUCAGGGUCAGUUCUCCAUACGGGAGUAGUAUACACUACGCCGAUCACGUCGAUUCUGGUGAUUUCGCUUUCACUUCAUCAGAGGCUGGCGACUAUCUGGCUUGCUUCUGGACGCUUGAUCACAAGCCGCCUAAUACCAUCACUAUCGAGUUUGAUUGGAGAACUGGUGUGGCCGCUAAAGACUGGACAUAUGUCGCAAAAAAGGGCCAGAUUGAUGUUAUGGAGCUGGAAUUAAAGAAGUUGGAGGAUACUGUGAAGUCCAUUCAUGAUGAAAUGUUCUAUCUUCGUGAAAGGGAGGAAGAAAUGCAAGAAAUGAACAUAGCAACAAAUUCGAAGAUGGCUUGGUUGAGCUUCCUUUCCCUUGUUGUAUGUUUAUCGGUUGCUGGAUUGCAGCUAUGGCAUCUAAAAACCUAUUUUGAGAGAAAGAAGCUUCUUUAGUUUAGUUAGAACUUUUUGUUAUUUUGUGAGAUGUUUUCUCUGGUUUAGUGUUAACAGAAGGAGAAAUUAUUAACUUUUGGCAUUUUAAGUUACAGUGAGUGUACUAUAAGAAGCGUCAACAAUCAACCAAUUUUUAUCCGCGUUACAAUCAGUUCUACAAACUUUCCAAGAUAAGUGAGGCCUCUGACGGGAGGCUUUAUUUAUU